CUUUCCCUCAUCCUCGGUUUCUCACCACUUCUAGGGCGUUCUGCACUACCUCAAGAUGCAGUGACAAGCCCAUCAUGAACCGGCACAGCAGGGUGGUCACCCAACCCAAAGACCAAGGUGCUAGUCAGGCCAUGCUGUAUGCUACGGACGGCAUCAAAACGGAUGAUGACUUCAACAAAGCCAUGGUCGGCGUCGCCAGCGUCUGGUACGAGGGUAAUCCAUGCAAUAAACAUCUCCUUGGUCUGGGUCAAGAAAUCAAAGCUUCACUUACAAAGUCUGGUAUCAUAGGCUACCAGUUUGGUACCGUUGGAGUCAGCGAUGGGAUCAGCAUGGGAACGCGCGGCAUGUCCUACUCCCUCCAAUCCCGAGACCUGAUUGCAGAUCAAGUAGAGACCGCUGCCGGAGGACACCAUCUCGACGGGAUGGUCGUCGUUCCCGGCUGCGAUAAAAAUAUGCCUGGUGUUCUGAUGGCCCUUGGGCGUCUCAACCGCCCUGGACUUAUGGUGUAUGGUGGGACAAUUCGUGCCGGGUCGUGUGAAGGAGCGCCACAGUUGGACAUCGUGUCCGCUUUCCAGUCCUACGGAAAGUACCUGCAGGACGGAAAGACACCCGAAGCGGAACGCGAACGAUAUAAUACCGUUCGACAUGCCUGCCCAGGACCAGGCGCUUGUGGUGGUAUGUACACAGCAAACACUAUGGCAAGUGCGGCGGAGGCACUGGGGAUGACAGUCCCCGGAUCAUCAUCCUUCCCAGCCGAAUCCCUGGAAAAACACAACGAGUGUGCUUCGAUUGGGAAAGUUAUGUACAACCUUCUUGAGAAAAACAUACUUCCACGGGAUAUCAUGACUAGAUCCGCGUUUGAAAAUGCUAUGGUCCUCACGAUGAUUCUAGGCGGUUCCACCAAUGCAGUUCUCCAUCUAAUAGCUAUGGCUCACUCCGUGGGCAUUAAAUUGGAUAUCGACGACUUCCAAAACGUGUCAGACCGCACCCCCUUCCUCGCCGACAUCAAACCCAGUGGCAAAUAUGUCAUGGAAGAUGUGUACAAGAUCGGUGGAAUCCCAAAAAUUUUGGCGUUCUUGCUAAAGAACAAGCUAAUCGACGGAAAUAAUAUGACUGUCACGGGUCGAACCCUCGGCGAAAACCUUGAGGAAUGGACACACAGAUACGGCGAACUGGAUUCUCGACAAGACGUUAUUCGACCUCUCAACAAACCCAUAAAAGAGACAGGGCACAUCCGAAUCCUCAAAGGCAAUCUUGCUCCUGGCGGUGCGGUGGCUAAGAUCACAGGCAAAGAAGGCUUGGAAUUUACUGGCAAGGCACGGACUUUCGACACAGAAGACGAUUUCGUCAAGGCCGUCGAAAGCGGGUCUAUCAAAAAGGGUGAAAAAACGGUCGUCAUUCUUCGGUAUCUCGGCCCUCAGGGAGGACCUGGCAUGCCUGAGAUGCUGAAACCCACAAGCUUAAUCAUGGGAGCCGGCUUGGGAUUGGACGUUGCCUGUCUCACAGAUGGAAGAUUCAGCGGCGGAUCCCAUGGGUUUUGUAUUGGACACGUCGUUCCCGAGGCACAGGUUGGUGGGCCCAUAGCGCUCGUCAGGGACGGAGACACCAUUGUCGUCGAUGCCAUCAAGAACACUAUCGAGCUCCGCGUCUCACCCGAGGAGUUAACGAAGAGAAAAGAGUCUUGGAUUCCACCUGCCCUCAAGGUAUCCCAGGGAACGUUGUACAAGUAUACUAAGAGUGUUACAGACGCGAGCCAUGGGUGUGUGACGGACGCAUGAACCCGCUCCAGAGGGGCAUGCAUGGGGGGAAAAUACGUCGGAAAUCGCGGGUGAAUGCAAUCACCCAGUUUGUUCGAUACCUGGAUCACAUCUGCCGAUGCUACGGCAAAAAUCUUGAAAAUUGUCGAUUGAACGUGGUUGUUGAUUUCUGUAAUAACAUUCAAUUCAACUUCCUCCAGUGUGCUUCACAGUAACCAGCGCACCCAUCCCUAGCUCUUCGUCUUCUUCAUAAUCCUUUUUUUCUCCGACUUGGGCAUCUUAGAUUUCCGCUUUUCCUUGGCCUCUGCUUUUACUGCUUUUUUACGCUCCUGUCAACGACGAUUAACAUCUUUAAGAGAAAAA